AUUAUAUUCCCGUUCGUAGCUCACAUGCUAUUAAGGAAAUUUGUAGAACAGAUGGAAAUUUUGAAUCAACUACAUUUGGAUUAACUUAUUAUUGAUUUCCCAGGUUUUGGAUCUCUCGCCUCUGACGCUGCUGACUGUUGGCAGAGUCCAGAGGGAGAUAGAGAGAGCUAUGGCGUUGAGAGCCUCCGGUAGAAAACUAUCCUUUGAGAUCCUAACGAAGACCAAUUCUCUGGAAGAAGAGCAAUUUCUUCUCCUCAACCAAUCAAGCCCCGAUACCGCGAGAUCGAGCCCGACGAACAACAUUCCGAAGAAGAAGCGAAGGAGGAACAAGCACAAGAAGUCGAGCCCCCAUGCCGAUUCCUACUCCACAAUCGCCGAAGAUCCAUCGGCGGCGGUAAGCAGCGUUGCGGGUUCAAAUUCCAAUUCCAAUUCCGUGAUCGAGUCGCCGAUAUCUGCAACGGGGGAGUUGCAAAAUGGAAGCGUGUUCAUGGAGGAUAGGUUUAGCAGCCGUUAUGGUGGAGGAGGCAGCGUGGUUUGUACUACACCGACAAUCACUGUCGUCGAGUGUGUGUGCGAUAACUCUACCAACAACGGCGGCAACAGCUAUGUCGAGUUGAGGCAGCGGAAUGUUGUAAGCGUUGGAGGAGAAGGAGGGGGAAGGAAUGAUGAGGAUUUGCCCUCUGUUUUGAGGGUGAUUGGAGAGGCUGCCGUGGAGCGCGAGUUGGAGGUUGUUUCUGAUGAUAAACUGCGGAAUGAGCCGCAGCCGAUGCCCAAUGGUUGUCGCUUGCCGAGGUUGGAGACUGCAGAGUCAUUGGAUUGGAAGCGACUCAUGGCCGAGGAUCCUACUUAUCUCUUUUCAGUGGAGAAGUCACCAUUGAAUUACUUCAUGGAUGAAAUAGACGAAGGCAACUCAUUACGGCGAACAACAACUCUUGGCAGUGAGAAAGAAAGGGAAAGGGUAUACGACACUCUAUUCCGCUUACCAUGGCGAUGUGAGCUGCUUAUUGAUGUUGGCUUCUUCGUGUGUUUGGAUUCCUUCCUGUCACUGUUGACUGUCAUGCCAACAAGGGUUCUGAUGACUCUAUGGAGGCUUCUGAAGAGAAGGCAGUUCCAGAAGCUCUCUGCUGCGGACUGGUCAGAUUUUGGCUGCUUUAUUGUGUUGGCCUCUGGAGUCCUUCUUUUAGACCGAACAGAUAUCAGCUUAAUAUAUCACAUGAUUCGUGGUCAAGGAACGAUCAAACUAUAUGUGGUUUACAAUGUUUUGGAGAUAUUUGAUAAAUUAUGCCAAAGUUUUGGAGGAGAUGUAUUUCAGACAUUGUUCAAUUCUGCUGAGGGGCUUGCUAGCUGCCCACCAGAAACCAAAAGAUUCUGGAUUUGGAGAUUUCUUGCAGAUCAAGCCUUGGCAAUGGCAUUUUCCAAUAUCCUUUUCCUUGACUAUUUUAUACUUCUCCAUUCUUUCCUUCUAUUAGCUCAGGCAAUUACUUUAUCCACCUGCAUUGUUGCUCACAAUAAUGCCUUAUUGGCUUUGCUGGUAUCAAAUAAUUUUUCGGAGAUAAAAAGCAAUGUCUUCAAGCGUUUCAGCAAAGAGAACAUUCACAAUAUUGUAUACGCUGAUUCAGUGGAGAGAUUCCAUAUUACAGCAUUUCUACUGUUUGUUCUGGCUCAAAACAUCCUAGAAGCUGAGGGUCCAUGGUUUGAAAGUUUUGUUUAUAAUGCACUCUUGGUUUUUGUAUGUGAAAUGUUAAUCGAUAUCAUAAAGCAUUCAUUCCUUGCAAAGUUCAAUGACAUAAAACCUAUUGCCUACUCCGAAUUCUUAGAAGAGCUGUGCAAUCAGACUCUAAAUAUUCAAUCUGGGGACAAAAAGAAAAUCCUCACUUUUAUACCGCUGGCACCAGCAUGCGUAGUCAUCCGGGUGCUCACUCCAGUAUAUGCAGCUCAUCUUCCUUACAGCCCACUCCCUUGGAGACUCUUCUGGGUAUUCCUGUUGACUUCUAUAACCUUUGUCAUGCUCACAAGCCUGAAGAUAAUGAUCGGUAUGGGACUGCAAAAGCAUGCAUCUUGGUAUGUAAACAGGUGCCGCAGAAGGAAACACCAUCUUCACUCCGAGUAAUCCUGGCAUGGAAUAAGUAGAGAAAACGAAAUGGGUGAGAUAUUAAAACUCCAUUCCUUCCAGCUCCACUGCUGUCAUGAGUUAUAACGGGAGUCACCUCAAGUUUUGCCAGAACAAUCUUUCUUCUCCAUUAUAGCCAGCUCGCUGACUCAUUGCUGUCUAUGGUCGGAAAGAAGUUAUCCUGUCACUCGAGCUUGCCUGUAUGGUAAAAUUUUGUUUCAAUCUCGUGCUUUCAUUUUCGACCCGAGAGAGCACGAAAUCUUACAAUGUAAUCAUAAUGAAGCCUCCUGCAUUCUCAAGAACCUCGAGGGCAGCUAGCUUCCUCUGUUUUUUGUGUUUAAUAGUUGGGACUUGGGAGUGUAUGAGCUACAUUGAUAGAAUGAACAUAUGCAUAGAAAUAGUUCAGCCCUAAAGUGUACAAAUUUAGUUUCCACCUUUACGUGUGUUUGGGGUUGGAUGGUGGUGCUAUAGCUUCUGCAACUCCUUUUAUUUUCUUGGGACCAAAACGAGCUCAGCUAACCUUUCUUUACGAUGACGAGCAGUACGCAACUAUACUUUCCGGCUCAUGGUCCUUCAAACAUUUUCUUCCCCACCGACGAUCUUGUCUCAGAGUCAAAGCAUAACCAACUAUUCUUUCGUAUUGGUAAGGUUUAACAAUUACAUUUACAGAAUACACAGAUGAAAAGGAGGGGAAAAAACAGGGGAAUCGUAUUCCCUUUUGAACAAGACCACAUAAUAAGCAAAUGUCAAACCCUCUGCACAAAAUUAUGGAGGAAGGAGGAGGAUCUGGUCUGGAAGCCGCUGGGCUAGGCGGCGCAUCUAAACAGGUUGACGACGAUGUCGGUGGUGAUCUUCUGGCCGUGCUGGACGAGAACCCGGCGGCGCUUCCCGGCGAAGGCGAGCAGGACCAGCACGGUGAUCCAAGUGACCAUGACGGCCCUGCUGGCGACAACGAGAAUCAGCGAAGCGAAGAUGAAGCCGGCGGCGAGGACGAGGGAGCUGUUUAAAUUCGGGGAGUAGGCAGCAGCAGCAGCCGCGACGAUCACGAUGACAGCGGAGACAGCGAAGACGAUGAGCAAGCAGAGCAGCACAGCUGGCGUGGCUGCUGUGGUCCGAGAGGCUGCUGGUGAUGGUUUGGGUAGCGCCGGCGGCGGAGUCAUUGAAACGUCAAUGGCUAAGUGGAGGAUGAUUAAGGACUUGAGACUUGAGAGAGGGGAAGAGGGAAGAGGAAGGUUCAUGGGCAUGGCUGGCUGCUGCUAGGUGGGGAUAAUUGAGGAGAGGAAAUGGAGAGGGAAGCAUGUGCGGCCACAUGGACAAUUUUGAUCGUGUGGGGGCUUGGGGUAGCUGAGCAGAAUCGAUGCAGAAUAAUAAGUUAGGAAUUUAAUUUUUUUUAAAUAAGGUAAUUCUUCGUACCAACUCAUCGAAAUUUUAUAUUGUCAAUUGAAUAAAUUUGAUCUA